GCAACCCUGGUUAUGGUACUGUCGGUGGUUAGUUCGUUGAUUGAUUUCACCACUACAAGAAUUGUUCGUAAAUCUUGUCCCUAGUUCCCGACCCCGUUCCGUCCGGUACUUGAAACCAAAUAUCCCAAUCAUUGUCGGUAUGUCCACCCCGGACAACGCAGGGCCCACGGGCUCCGCCGGAGCGGCCACAGGUGACGGCGCCAAAGGCACGCCGGCGGGUAAAAAGUCGGACAAGGAUGUGGACCUGGUGAACGCUUGCCGAGGCGUGUGGUUAGUCAAUGUGCCCAAAUAUAUCGCGGAUCGUUGGGAAAACUGCCCGGAAAAUAGUAAUGUAGGCAAGCUCAAGAUCGCUCGUCGCACCAAUGCCACACCCGUGGUGUCCUUCUCGCUCGACGACUCGGUUAUUGCGGCCACGCCAGUGGGCGUGGCCAAAGGCGGCCCUUCGAGUAUGAGUAAGGGCUCCCAAAAGGAGAUUCCCAAGGAGCACAAGUUCGUGGUGAACACGCUGAAUUCGCAGACUUUGGCCGUGUUGUCCCAUAGUUCGGCGGCUGGCUCGGAGGCCUUAACCGGACCGGGGGGCACGCCCAUCGGGCCUGUGCUGGACAAGCUAGCCGUGGAAGGGAAAGUGGUGCAACGCGCGGAAUGUCGACCCAUCAACAAUCACAUCUACAUGAGUCUGAAGAAAGAGGCCUACCUGAAGGCCAUUGAACCCACGCGACAGACCAAGCACUUGGAUAAGGCUGUGAUGGCCUACAAGCCCAAGGCCAAUCAUGCUGUCAACAUUGCCAACGAUUUGAAGAAGAAGUCCGAAGGCAAGAAGUCCCGCGAUGAUAAGGAGAAGGUCAUGGAAACGUUGUUUGCGCUCUUUGAGAAGCAUCAGUAUUACAACAUCAAGGACCUGGUCAAGGAAACGCGUCAACCCGUCACCUAUUUGAAGGAAAUUCUGAAGGAGGUCUGCAACUACAACCUCAAGAACCCGCAUAAAAACAUGUGGGAGUUGAAGCCCGAAUAUCGACAUUACAAGGGCGCCGACGAAGAUGCGGAUGACCCCAAACCCGAGAAUUCAGACUCGUCGGAUGACGAUGAUUAAGCCCAGCCAGGUUCAUUUACCCCACUAUCAAUGUCAAUCCGGUUCAAAUCCUAUAAUAUACUACUGAACCCGAUUUGAUUGCUGAACCCGCGCUAUGUAUUCAUACUGUUAACACGUUCUCUCGCAGA